GAAAAAGUUUUAUAUGAAUGUGAAGCCCAACUUGGUUUCAUAAGUAUUGACAGAAACUGUUGACAGUAUUACGUUAACCAAAUACAGUCCAUUGAAAAUAUAAAAUAUUUAUAAAAAAUAUGUUUUGUGGUAAAAGGAUGAUUUUUAUUCGUGUUAUCGACUGGUGUUAACUGACGAAAAUAAGGAACGUGAUAACUAAGAAAUCAAGAGGAAAUAGUAAGAGGUGCUCUGUAAGUGACCUUAUUAUAUAUAGGUUGUACGAAUUAUGUAACAUUAUUUUUGAAAAAAUUGGAAAAUCUUUUUUUCGAAGUCACUCUAUAAAAAAUAAUACAAGCUUGACACUGUGAAUAAUUAAAGCGUACCGAUAUUUUUAAAAGCCGUCUGCUUUGAAGGUCCAUUUUCCAAAGUGAUUCUUUAAACGAAAAUAUCUACCAGCCCCACUUGACCUGAUCAUAACUUCAAAAUAUUAAGAUUCUUAAAAUCAUCUUUUCCAAGAGGCUAAACAAGUCGUGUAUAACGAAACUAAGGAAAAUGGCUCGUUCUAUUUAAGAAAACAAAAAAGUGUUUGGGCCCAGAACGACCAAAAGUGGUGCUUGUUUUUUUUUUGUAUAUAUAUAACAUGGAUUUAUCCGUUAUUCUUUGACCUGAUUGGCGUCGUUUACGAAAAACCUCUGCAAUGAACGGCAAGUGGAAGAGGGCUUUGAAGAAGGUGAAGAAGAGAAUGGCGUUCUCCAGAUAUGAGCAGGUGCUCCAGAGAAGGCACGUGUCCAUGCCACACUUGCAAAGGGACAGUGAACGAGAGCUCGGCGAAUACCGGGAUGCUGACCUCGGCUCGGGGUCACUGUCAGCCAGCGGCUCUGGGGCCGGCGGCGGCGGUGGCGGGGGCCCAGGAGGGGGCGCUGGUUCCGCCGGGGGAGGAGGAGGAGGGGGGGAGGAGGGAGGAGGAGGCGGAGGCAGCAGCAGCAGUAGCACCGGCAGCGCCGUCAGGUCCCGAGGAGGUCUGGCUGGAAGCGGGGCGGGGUCAACGACGUCAGGAGUAGGGGGAGGGGGAGGAGCGACGGUGGCCAACGGGGCGGGCCGCGUGAUUCGGGCGGGGGCCAACACGAGGGACGGCUCGUGUGCGAGUGUUGGGGGUGGUGGUGGUGGUGUGGUGGGGUAG